UUACACCCUCUCCGUGAGGGCCGCCUGAGGCGCGGGGCCUGUGAGGGCGGCGGCGGCCCCAGGGCUGCGCUGGGCCGGGCCGGGCCCCCCCCGCCAUGACCCGGCCGCUGGGCCUGGCGCCGCCAUCACCGAGCCCGCCCGCCGCCAACAGGGCCCGGCGCCAUUUUAGGCUGGCGGCGGCGGGCAGGGAGGCGGCCCGGGACUGCAGAAACCAGUCUAUUAAAGAUUUCUUCAAACCAGUUUUAAAACAAGACCUUAGCCAUAAGGACAGAAGUGUGUUGUGCUCCUCAGAUGUGACAUAUCUAAAAGAUGCAGGAAAUGGACUGCCGGUUUUAAGUGCUGAACGUUUUGAGAAGAAAAUAUCUUCUGCAAAGAAGGUUAAACGAAAAAAGAUGCCAGACCAAACGCCAAACACGAGUCCUGUGUUAGAUGCCUUUCGGAGAGGAAUUAAGGAGAAAAGAGGCAACAUGGACAUGCUGGAGAACAACGGAGCGUGCAAGUCACUGGGUUCUGUAUACCCAAGAGUUGUGGUUCGAAAACUCCUUGUUAACUCAGGUUCUCCCAAAUGUCUCUUGGCCAAAAAUGAUAAAGCUAUCAAGACAGACCAGGGAAAAAAUGAGAAGUAUCUGGGUGUAACAAGAACACCAUUGUCUUGCGGAAAUUGUUGGGAACAGGAAACUGAUUUUAUGGAUCUAGAAGAGACCAGUUCAGACUCUAACAAAUGGAUUUCAUUGCCACAAGCUGAUGCUCAGAAAGCCUGUGCUCAAAAUAAUGACAACACGUUAUUGUGUCAGAACUUGGGGCUUCCCACGAACUUGCCAUGCACUUCACCUGACUCCACAUUGAGGUUAGCACUGGGAACUCUGCACAGAGAAAGAAAGCGUAAGAAACGUAGAGUCAAACGAUCUAAGGCGCAGCCUGUAAUGCUGAUCUCAGGAACAAGUGUGUCACAUCAGGAAAAUGGAUAUCAGUUAAGAAACAUAACACAUUCUGGUUCAGGGGAGGCUGCCUCAGAUGACCCAACCCAACUGAAGCAGUUUCAAACACAUGAUACUCUCAGUGAAUUUGGAGAUGAUACCUCAUCCAAGAAAGCUGCCAGUACGUGGGAAAGCCAGUCUGUUCCAUCAGCCUAUCUUCAAUCUAAUUCGUCUUCUGGGCCAUCCAAACAAAUCGGCUGUCCUGGGAAAAGAAAACAUUCUGUGAUGAGCGUGGAUGCAAACGGUUCUGAAGUAACAGGUUUGAGCGACCCUGCUUUCAACUGGUCACCUCAAAAAAGCAAAAGUAGGAAGUCUGCUUUUGUUAAAAACGUUGGCUUAAAGUCUCUUUCUAGUGGUGUUCUGCAGCUAACGGAGGUUACUGCUCUACCUGGACCUCAUUCUGCUUAUUCAGAGGAAUACCCAGAGGAUGUCUCAAGGAAUGAAAAUGAGAAAAAUAAUUACUCCUCGGUAGAUUUGUCAUCAUUUUCUGCACAGAGUCCUAAUGAAAAUAACCAAGUUUCUCUUGUGGAUACCAAAGAGAAUCAAUUGCAGGUGGCCAACUCUCACUCUUUCUUGGAAAAGUCCCUUCCUUCUCAGGAGAAAAGUACUGUGUUGCCUUCCCUACACCACAUAGCACAAAGAGAAGCUGUAUUCACAAAAGCCGUGAAGCCUCAAUGCCACAUGGCUGGCUUACCUUGGGUGUUAGACGCUAAGAUGGAGCAAGAUGGGAAAAGACCAGAAAGACUCAAUAGAGCUGAUGAUGUAGAACCCAGCAACGUUUUUUCAAAACCAGAAGAAAAUAGUUCAGAAAAUGCUUCCGAUUUUUGUUUGGUGAAAGGUUCAGGGAAACUUUCAGGCUCAGAAGAGACUGACGAAGGACUUCCCUGUUUGUUGCCUUUUGAAGAAGAGUCCGAGGACAGCAACCAUGCCUCUUCACAACUCUCACAAGAGUUAAAAGUUGAAAGCACCUGUUCAGAGAUGUUCAAGGUGAACGGAAAAUCAAAAAUCAGCUUUGAUAGUGAAGAUGAGAGUUUGGGAUGUGCUCUAGAUGAUGAUGAUGAUGAAGAACCAUUCGUGACACUGCAAGAAAUCUUGUCUGCAACUCCCAAGCCACAGACAGAAGCUUCGGAAGGAGACUGUUCAGACAGUUUUUCUCAGGACACUGUGGCUCCAUUGCUGAAACUUCAUCUUUCUAAGACUCCUGUUGUUAGCCAGGUGUCAUAUGUGAACAGCUUGGAACAUCUCUUGAAGGAGAAAGAAGAAUCUAAAAGAUUAGAUGAACUAGAAAAAUUGUUACAAGAAAACAUACAAGAAAAGGAAACUGAUUCUUCAGAUAGAGAAGAUGAGAAUGUCACAGAUGAAGACCUCUCAGAAGAACACAGGGCGUUUAUAAAGAGAUUUUCAUUAACAGCUCGUGCCAUACCUGACUACCACCCUGGAGAAGACAUAUUUGAUUUAACAGUCUCUGGGAAAAUCUUCAAUCAACAUGACCUUGACUUGAGGAAUUUUUAUUUCAUCCCUCAAAAUCCUAUAGAAAAACUCCUCCUUAGUUCUGAUGUAACACAGCAGCUUUUUCUAGCUCUUCAUGGUUUUCUAAGUUCUGCUUACAGUUGUAGCUUGUGUCCUGCACCAAUUCUGAAGUGGCUUUUCCAGAUGAUGUCUGUUCAUCCUGGCUAUUGUGUUUCCUUGCAGAUUUUAAACAGUUUGAUGGAAAUAACAGUAAAAAAUGCUUCCAUCAGCGAUGAACAGUCUAAACCCUGGAUACCUUCACUAGCUGAUGUGUCAACUGUUUUUGUCAAUAUGGGUGUUACAUUUGCGUCUCUCUUUCCAUUGGAGCAUCUGCAGCCCAACUUUAAUGAGUGUGAUAUUUUGAGUCAGAUGCAAGGAACAGUGAACAAACAACAACCAAGAGAAUCUCUUUCCUCUGCCAGUCCAGCCUUCGCCAGUCUACCAGAAAACAAUCUAAUGAAUGUAAUCAAGUUUCUAGAUUUCUGUACAACGGUAGUCAAAGGUGGAUAUACAGACCAAGAAAUAUUGCUGCUGCUUCUAUUACUAUUUAAAAUAAGCUUGGAGAAACAGCUAAAGCAAGUUCCCUUGACAGAUUUUCAGUGCCUUUUCAUAAAGCUUCUGAUAAGUAUAAAAGACUGGGAUACAAAGAUGCCUGAGCUCUGUCUGGCAGUGAGUGAACUCUCCAGUCAGCACCAUAAUCUUCUGUGGCUGGUUCAGCUGGUCCCUAGCUGGAUAAUACGCGGACGGGAAGUAAGACGACGCCUUAGCCUGGUGAUAAUAGCAAAGCUUCUUAAUCAGAAGCAUAUAAGAAUACCUGAUGACAGCGACAAGCAGAUGUCUCUUCUGCAUCAGUAUCUGGUGUACAUGAAACCGUCUAAUCUACUAGAGAAGAUGAGAACUGAUGAGCAGCAGAAUGUCAGUGAAGACCACCUUCAUAUAGAACUAGAACAGGAGGUCUACUACCUAGUCUACAUCCUCCUUCAUCUAGUCAGCGAAGCUAGCUGCUUUGACACUGUAAAUUCCAAUCAGAGGCAACACUUACUGAAGCUCUGUGGUGCCUUAGAUAAGCACAUAAAAUGUGAUAUUAGAGAAGAUGCAAGGCUGUUCUAUCGAACUAAGGUAAAAGACUUGGUUGCUAGGAUAUACAGCAAAUGGCAAGAUAUGAUACAAACCACUCGGCUUUCUCAGGGAAAACUGCAUGACUUCUGGGAGCCAGAUUCGUGAGAGCUUGUCUAGUUCAGGGAAAAAACAGAAAAAACUGAAACCAAGGAAGAUGCAGAAUGAACUGGAGCUUCAACUUGGUUGGAACACAAGGAAUCAAUCCUCUGAAUUAGAACUUGGGCUUGAUUCAGGCCAACAUUAAAAACACAAUGAUUCAAUAUGAUGAUCGUUGUUUUUACAAAUACGGUACUUCAGAAAAAAAUGAAGUGGGUAAACUGCAAAAGUAGCUAUUUCUAUAGCCCUGUCUGAUUUUCCAGGCGUAUUUUAUCAUACUGAAAACUGAGGGAAGUUUCUCAUUUCCAUUGCUAAUCACAAGAUGUUUUCGAAAACAGUAUGCAUCAGUUUUCUUGCCAGCACACACCUGUAAGCGUUGCUUUAGGGUGUCUAGGAAAGAACUGUCCCGUGAUGUGGAAUGUGAGUUGAGAAACAGUAUUAUACCUCCCCUGUUGUGGGCAGGUGAGGAAGCUCAGUUUCACUACGAGCCAAAUAACAGAGUCACCUGCACGUGUUAAUCUGCAAAGCAAGAUUUGGUAAGACCAGCUGGUUUCUCUAAAUAACACAAAUACAGCAGUCACGUGUGAACAAGUGACCAUCUCCUUUGCUUGAGGGUGGAGACAGCUGAAGAGGGGCUGUACCCGAACAACUUGUGGACACUUCUUUGCUCGGUGGUUGUCUUUUAUCAAAUAAGAGAAUCAAAUUUGUUAUUACAGUGAUGCGUUCAUUUUAACGUCCUCAGGCAUCGAUUUAUGUAUGCAGUGUAUGUGACUGCACAGAAAGUGAUUCUCUAAGACCACAUUGUAAAUGAGAUCUUUAAUACUCAAGUAGUAUUGUUGUAUUCCUCUUUAAGAAACAAACUUAUAUUUGUUAUCUGGCUUCAGCGCUUUAUCUAAACAGAGAGAAUAACUAUUUCUGAAAUGUCAAGUCAGUGGAAAUUUGAGGAGAUGAGCUUUUGGCCCAUGCAAGUAGAAAUAACUGUGAGAGCUGUAUGAGGUCUGAAUUCCUUUGUGCAAAGUCUUGCAGCGUACACAGCGUGUGUUCAGAGCUCCCCAAACUUUGUGAAAUAAUCAGCCCAAGAGGUAAUCUCCUUUUGUACUUUGUGUAAAUGCCAUCAUUUAAAUCUUACGCUGUUGUGUUUGGGGGGGGGGGGGGGUAUGUGUAUAUGAACAGAAAUUUAAUGUAUUGGGUAAAAGCACUGAGUGGGAAUCUCUUAACUGUAAUUUUUAAUAACUAUGUGUACAUUUUAUAAUACUGUUUCCUUUUCAAUUUUUAUAGAUUACCCUGUCUUGUAUGAUAGACUUGCUACGACUUCACAAAAAUGUAAAAAAAGGAUCAAAUUCAAACAAAAAAAAAAUGAAACUUAUGUAUGUUACAUGUUAAAGAACUGCUCUAGAUUGGACUCAACUCAGAGGGAAGGUAUUUUAUUUGCAAAUCAUAUUCAGUGUUUUGUCUUUCAAAUGUUAGCGAGUUAGCCUGAGUCUGUGCAGCUGUACCCUUUACAGAAUAAUCAACUUACCUUAACAGCAAGAGUUACGUGUAUGACAUUGUUCAGGGGAGAAGAAAAAUUCCUUUUUUAAUCUCACCGUGUUGUUAAAGAAUUGGAUGAGUCUACCUCAAAGGGUAUCCUUGACAAUGGAACUGUUACAGGCUAAAAAAAUGGUGUGGUGGUAUGGCAGUGCCACCCUUUGCUCUGCUCGUCUUUCGUGGUGUCAGCCUUCCCUCUGGUAGCAUUUGCUUACUAGGCUGAAUAUAUUGUAUGUGAUUUUAUUAACGUUUAUAUUUUUUUCUCUCUAAUGUUGUAUAAAGUUUUAAAAAGUACAGAAUAUGUUUCCUGUAUGUAACGUGUAUAUAUUUUCUUACCAUGUAAAGUUGACUUUGCAGUCCUGUAUAUUUUGAAGAAGGAAAGGGUUGGGGUCUAGAUUGACACCUCUUUUGUAUUGCAGUUCAGAACACAUUGAAACUGCUGUGCUUUUUUUUUUUUUUUUUCCCAUACAAAGUAACCACUUUGAUACAUACUUCUAUUUAAUAGACCCGUGGAAAAUAAAACCAGACGUGGUUUUCUAAUUAAACGUCUCUGCGCAAAAUGUGUAUGCAUCAACUGUUUCACAAAAAAAUGGCUGCAGGUCCUAUUUUGGUCUUGCUGCAGACACUGUAGUUCAGAGGUUCGCAGCUGAUGAGCUUACUAUAAAUGGAGAAAGUCCUGAAGUAGUUCUCAGCUCAGCCAGUUCUGUGUUUUCAUGCUUAAUGUCUGUGUAUACAAUCUGGCAUUUCUCCUCUCUCCCCCCAUCCCCCUUUUGUCUGGACUUGCUUCCAUCUGUUUUGUAGCUGAGUAAUAAUCCCCCAGUUGCUGAAGUCUAGACGUUGGCUGAGUUGGAGCUCACCGGUGUCCCUACAGAGAUGAUCCCAAAGCAUCGCUGCGGAGUCUUAAAAGGGACUGCCGAGCUGAGUACUGCUUCAGGACCGGCAGUGAAAUAGCAAACCUGCUGCUGUUUUGUGUUUUGCUGACUCAUUUACUGGCCCCCAGCCAGAAGCUACACGCAUUGAAAAAGGCUGUUUGCACAGUAAAUGUCUUAACUGCUUUGGUUGUCUUCAGAUAAGCGUUUUUGCACUGAGGUUUAUCUUGAUAUUACGUUGGUUGUACUAAGAACCAUGUUAUCUCAUUUCACGGACAAUUAGAUGCACUUUAUUGCAGUAAUCACAGACAAAAAAUUAAAGGCUGCCUAUAAAAUAUA